UCUACGCAGGGACACUUCCUUUCGCUUGCGCGGUGGUCGACCCGUCCACCGAUGAUGAAGUCGAGGUUGAUGGCCUCGCGAAUAUAAAGGAAUUGACAACGAUGACGAGCCUGCCGGAUUACAUCACCGCACUUCUACUCGCGGCGUUCGUGGGCACGCUGCCGGUCCACUCUCAAGUCUGCGGCAACCACCAAUACAGAGCCAAAAGCGGUUUCUGUUGCAAGCUCUGUCCCGCAGGUAGGUUCCUGGAAAAAGAAUGCCCCACGCAAGGAAGCACGUCCAUCUGCGAAGCUUGUCCCGCCGGUUUCUUUACGGCGAUCGACAACUACUCUGAAAAAUGCUUCAAAUGCCAGCCCUGCGAAUCAGACGAGGUGGAAGUAAGUCCGUGCAGCGCAUCUUCAGACAGGGUCUGCACGUGUAUGCCGGAAUUCUACAAACCGGAGGGUGAACACUUUUGCAGGCCACAGGCCACCACCGCAGAUUUCCAAGUAUCUGAUGGAGCCACCCUUCCGAUUGCCAUCGGCGGUGCUGUUGGCGGCGUGUGUCUUUUAGUCGCAGCAGCAGUGGCUUGUUAUUUCCUGAUGAGGAAACGCCGACGACGCGCCAAGAAGUCUCCAGUAAGUUGCAAUAUUCCGAUGGAGGUAAUGGAAAAUGUAUCCGCGAGCAGGCAAGACAACAUUGUCAACAACCAAGCACAGCAUGAGCCGCUCCUUCACGAUGUCGUUUGCAGUAAUGGGAUCGUCAGUCAGUUGGUGCCACCAACUGACUAUUCAAGAUAUAACAUACCCGUCACGGAGGAAGACCUCAUGGAAAUCCACAAGGCUCGAGCCGACAGCUCGGCGGUGGCCUUCGUGAACGUGAUGAGGAACGCCGGUCUUCCGGAAAGAGUCAUUGAAAGGAUCCAGCACGACUACAAAAACAACGUGGAGGAGCAAAACUACAAGAUGUUGUUUGAGUGGUUGCAGGUGAUGGGUAGGAAAGCCACAUGUGCCGCCCUUCUAAAGGCUAUGGAUGAGUGCCGUUUGCACAAGCUGAGCGAGGACUGCCAGAAGAAGUUUGACGAAAUAAUUGAACGGAAAGGUCUUCAAAAAUGUGCCAAAAACGAUGAUGACGACGAAGAUGGUUAAAAUGGUGAGGUGUAUUGCACAGAAUAAACUAAACAAGAGAAAACACAAACUUGCAUCUCUCUUUAGCUGUGAAGCUGAACCAAAGCACCAUUUUUCAGUGUGUUACGUGGUGUUGGAGGGAAAAAAAGCGGAGGACCCGCGAGGAAAAAAUCCAUGCGACCACCACGGGGUGAGAGACACGCAUUCAAAAUAUACACCAGCAGGCGUCAGGGGGUCGGGAUAGAACCCACGACGUCUUGCAUACCAGGCAAGGUAGUAAACAUCUCCCAGCCACCGCGUCUUGAGGCCGCAGUUUACACGAGCUACUCACCAUUGUGGUGGUAGGGCAACGGGGCUAAACUGUACUGAUGAGCCCUAAUGAAGGUGAAACCGGUAUGAGCACUGUUGCACAUCAGAGCAACAUGAAUAUAUUGGUUAACACGUAGGAGGCUUUCGCGACGAAUAUCAUUCGUAAUAAAGGAGUUUGUUGUGGGUUAGAUGGCGUAAAUAUAAAUGUGGUCUCGUUAAACACUGCCGCCACCACCCGACAGCCAAUCGGUAAGGGGUUAGUUGUGUCAACACAAUUCUGACAAAUUUCCCAAUGAAACUGCUGGUUGUUGUAAUGACUGGUGAAACGUCACACACCAGCUAACUCGAAUUGUAAAAAGUUGUUGUGCAUUUACUACUCUCCAACACACACAACAACCAGUUUAGUGCACCAAACUAAGUAAACUAAAUUGAAUGCCUGUGUGUUGAUCGGUGGUGGCGGUAGUGGGUUCAACGGCACGCAUUUAUAUUUAACACUAUCUAAUCCAAAAAAAAAUACCUUUACCAUGCAGGAAUAUAUUUGUGUCGCCAAAACUGCAAUGGGCGUGCACAGGUUAGCAAGUCGCACGCGCGGACGCAGGCGUGCGAGUGGGAUUGACCCUGGGCAGUCCCUCCACCAUCAUCAUUCCCAUCAGAGGCAGUUAUAAAAUGAGGCGUACUUUGUGGAAAAUUCAGCUAAAGUACUUGCGUACGUUGAAUUUCUUUGGGCGUCGUAUGUAGUCAAUCACGCUAAUCGGGAGGUGGCGGGCGGGCGGGCGGGCAGGGACAAACCGACCUUUGAGCAGGAUGUCACGUUGAUCGAUUUCCAGCAGAACAUCGCACAAAAUUGUUCCAAAAAAAUUAAAACCUCGCUAUUCAACAUUCCAGUUUAACAGAAACAGAUAUUUUUUUAUAAUCGAUUUUUCAUUUGCCCCCGUGACAACUUGGAUUUGAUUGGCCACGAUUGGUCUAUGGACACGUGCACGUUGAACUUCUUUGGCGGCGUAUGGAGCCAAACCGUGCUAAAAAUAGGGAAAAACUACAUACACGAAGAGCAGGUCUAAAGGUCUACCCGAAACAAACGUUCAAUAUGACGACUCCAAAACUUAAGUUGUAUAAAUCGGUGCCGUGCAGCUUAUUGCGGCCCCAGUGUGCAUCCGGUCUGCAGUUGCCAUGUUGCCUCACUGCCACAACAUUUGAGGUCGAAACAUUCUCCCCCUUUUAAAAUCUGGGAACUCGGAGAGGGGUAACCGGUGUGAGUGGCCCGGAGAUGUUAACUGCCUCGCCUGGAAUACAGGAGGUCCCCGCGGGUUCGAUCCCGACCCUGACGAUUAUACUCUUAGGUUUUUUCGGUAAAGUCACGUAGGUAAAAAAUUAAAAGUUAAUAAAAGUAAUAAUGGAAAUAAAAUAAAAUAAUAAAUCAUGACGUUUCGGAGGCAACACAAGUCUCCGUCAUCAGGUGGGACCGUCACUUGCAGUCACGAAAGCUUCAAAUCCUGACGAUGAUGCCUGUUGCUGCUGUUGUAUAUUUGGAGCCUGUGCAUCUCUCUCUCUCCCCGUGGAGGUUACUGCGUGGAUAUUUUUUCUUCCGGUCUUUCGGUUUUCCUCUUCCACGUUUAGAAUCAACAUCUCUGCGUAGUAUUAGGUUUUUACCCUUUAAACUGGUACAAAACUGACACCUUUAUACAAGGCAUCAUGUUUGCAAUAACCACAACACAAGCAGUCAAAAUGCAAACAAAAAAAAACAACUCUGAUGAUGAUAAUGAUAUGCACUGUCCUUGAAGUUGAUUGGUCAUCUGUUAAAGGGUAAAAACCUAAUACUAUAUUUUGCCACUGAUAAAGGAAGUCUCAUAGUGAACAUCUCUGCAUGUUUAAUAAGAGAAUUUGGCUGCUACUCUGAAUAUCCACUCGAGGAUAAGCCACUUGGUUGAGCUAUCCUUUGUGAUGGCUGGGUCACUACUGAAAAAAAGUCACGUAGCUCAGUUGGAGGGCAGGGAGCCUUAAACGUUAAAAAAUUUUAUAAUUUUAGGUUUGACUUUCAUGCCUUUCAGAGGCGUAGCUAGGGGGGGGGGGGCAGGGGGGUACAUAUGUCCCCGGGCGCCAAGGUAAAGGGGCGCCAAAAUGAGGCUUACAACGUUACAUUAUAACUUAUUGCGGCGGGCGCGGCAGCCUGAAACUACUGCACAAAUCUACACCUCAACCUAAAAGUUUAUAUAUCCCGCCACACACAGCCUACAUGUCAUGUAAUUACAUUUUGGUAUGUGAUUAAACGGGGGGGGGCGCCAAUUUUAUAGUUCGUCCCCGGGCGCAAAAUAUCCUAGCUACGUCACUGAUGCCUUUCCUAUUAAGUGGCAGUGGACGAUGUCACCGUUUGCGAGCACAAAAGCCGCCACAAAUAUUUAACCCCACACUUUAUCUCCCGGUUCCAUUACGAUGACGUACGUCAUAUAACUUUUAUCAGUACACCGAAGGCUCGUCCCACAAGGACGAUGCGACAGCGUGCAUGAGCGCGCGUGUGGCACAGUUCUUGGCGCCGGCUAUUGUUGUGUGACGGGGCGUUCCGUGCCACUACACUUCUCUCUGCGGUGAGUAACAAUGUCUUAGAAAACUAAAUAAACUAUUUAUAUUUUACUAACGCUAUUUAUAUUUUAACACCGGAGCCCGCUGGCGAGUAGGGAUGGGCACGGGGGUCAGAACGUUACAAUAAACAAUAAAUACCCACACAGCCACCCUGCAAACUUGCAAGACGUCAUCGGUAAUGGGAAAGGGGGUUAAGUAUUUCAUGAUUAUCCUUGGCAAACGGAUGCUGUGGUCCAUACCAAGGCUGAGGUUGCUGGCUGAGAUGAGGGUUAUAUGGGAGGCAGCGGGGGGGGGGGUAAAAGGGGAGUUCAGCCCAGUUUAAAACUCGGAUAACGCAAAACACUCCGGUGAAUGAGGCGAUUAAAGAGUAUUUGGAUACUGCUGUAAAUGCCCACGUGUUGAUGAUAUCAGCCACUUCUCGUUGUUCUGCUAUUAUUUGUAAUUGCCAAGUCGCUCCUUGAAUAAGAGCCCCACACCUGGUAAAAUAACAAGAUUAGUUGCGUUAAAUCUAUGGGUCUCUAGGUAUUUUGUUGCUGUAAAUAUUCACGUGGUGAUGAUUAUAUAAGCCACUUCUGGUUGAUUGUCUAUCAUUUGUGAUGGCCAGGACGCUUCCUGAACCGUUAACUAAACAUGUACAAAAAUCGAAUACAGGCAAGCCCUCGCUUAUCGCGAAACCGUGUGGAACACCGAUUUGUUACGAGUGCUCUUUUGUCCUGGAGAUUAUUUAAACCAAUAAUGUUUAAGAAAAUAAAAAACGAGGAAAUAAAAAAAAUCUACAAAGCUCUUACGAACGAGGAAACGUCCCCCCCACCCCAGCCCCCAUUAUUCACUCAGCCAAUGAGAGCGAGGCAUGACUUCAGAGCCAACCAGAACCCCACUACCACCCCCACCACUAUUUGAUUAUCACGAUUUGUGGUAGCGAUUGUGUAUUAGUACAGUUAGAAUGCACAUAAGAGUACAGUACAUAUGUAAUAAUAAUGAAAACAAUUCUUAUUCAUGAGAUUAUAGUUUCCGACCUGUAUUAUUACACUGGUCAACACACUUUUUCUGGCAAAAGGUAUUCCAACGGUUUGAAGGUAAUUUUGAGGUGCUGAUUCCAAAACUGGCAUCAGUUUUUGAGAUAUCAAAUAUUGCAUUUUCAAUAAAAACUGCAGAAGAAAAUUAUUAAAUAAAUGUGGAUAUCUACAUAAAAUGUUAUUAUAAACACACUAUCCUAAAAAUACAGCACCAUAUUUUAACACUAAAGCAGUCACUGACUCGCAACAACUUGCAAUCAUAAGUGACAGAGUUAAUUUAGGGUAAAAUAAAUGAAAAUUGGGUAUGCCGAUAGCAUACAAAUGAGAUGUGAUAGAGCAAAUCUGAGACCAUAUUUGGAAUCAGCACCCUGAAAUUAGUCCAGGCCAGAAAUGUUUUUAAUUUUUUGUUGACCAGUGUUAUUGGCACUAUUACCGAUAGCCCACAUCGAAGCCCUCGUAUACAAAUCGCUUGUACGAGAUAAAUAACGCCAAGUUGGAACGCUAUGCCCCACGUACACAAUGGAUGCCACGGUGGCUAGGAAGAUGUUAAUUCCAUCACCUGGUAUGCAGGAAGUCGUGGGUUCGAUCCCGUGACCCUGACACCUGCUGUAUAUUUGGAGUUUGCGUGUUUUUCUCUCCCCAUGGUAGUCGCAUGGAUUUUCUCCGGGUCCUCUGGGUUUUCCCUUCACAUUUAUAAACAUGCGUUUCUAAGACUAUUUGGCUACUGUAAAUUUCCAUAUGAUGAUAAGCCACUUCGUUGAGCUGCUAGCGUUUCUUAUGGCAGGUCGCUUCUGAAAAAGCUCGGUAGUGCCUUACUUGGUAAAAUAAAAAAUAGUUGAUAGUUUAGUUUAUUUUAACACGUAGGCUUUCGCGACCAACAUUAUUCAUAAUAUAGGUUUUUUGGUCAGAUCGCGUUAUUUAUAAAUGUGUCGUAACCCUUCACCACCCGACACGGCCAAACAGUAAAAAAUGUGUCACGUUUUCAAAGGACAAAUUAAUUUACUUCUUUAGCCCACCGGUGUGCUGAAGAGAGAAUCAACAGCAUCUUAAAUUUGAGUAGUACGACGUUUCGCUGAUAAUAACAAUCAGCUUCAUCGGGCAAGAAUGGUGAAGCUCUCCUGUUGCUUCCGGUCUUAAAUAGAGUUUAUAGCAACCCUGCCCCCUCCGUUAGCGCCGAUUUCAGUUAGCGCUCCCAUCUCACGGGAACGAUGAACGAAUGCGUCGAGUAGCAGUGCUAAGCGAGGUCUACUGAAGCCGCACACUUAAGAAAUAAUGUCGUUGGAAACAUGCUAAUCCCCACACUCAACGGUAUAGUGGCACCCUGUUAGUGCCGAUCUCGGCUCGCGCUCACUUCUCCUGUAAGGAACAAACAGCUUUGCGAGUAGCGGUGCUAAGCGAGGUCUGCCUGUAAUCCAGACAUUUUUAAAUCCUUUAUAUUAAGUUCUCUUGCUUGCUUGCUUGCGCGCUUACGACCGUACAAAUCUUUCGGUCGUUUUUUAACCCACUUCCCGUGAUCCAAUCGAGCUGACAUUUUCCACACAGACUCGUUGUGCGUGACAAUUUAUUUUGGUGAAAUUUUUUUUCCAAAAUUUUCCACUUUUCAGGAAAAAAUGUUUUUCAUAUUUAAUUUAAAAUACCAAUGUGAUAAAAAUUAAACUCUUACUCAAGAAAAACAGAAAUAAAGAAUAAAAUAAAACCUAUGCCACGCAUAUAAAGGAUUUAUAGUGAAAAACUUUGUUUUUAUGGGUUAAUUUUUUUAUUAUCCAAAAAAAAACCUCAUCCGCGAUAUUUACAUCGUAAUUUAUGUCAAAAUCUGUGUGCGCCGGUUCAUUCGCAAAUCGGAUCAACCGCACGCGCGGAUAAUCGAGAGCCUAACUGUAUUUUGUUUGAGAGCGAUAACCCGAUCGUGAUGGAUAAAACACGAACGCUUCACGUGAUGUUCAAUGUCGCAUGAUUUAAAUGUCGGCAGAUGCUCUCUAGAAGAUGGUGAUUGCUUGCGUGCAAGAUUUUUAAAAAAAUGUAUCGCAUCGUGUAUCACAUUCAGCAAUUUCGAUUUAAAGCUUUUGUGACUGCAGGGAUUCAUCUUCUUGGUUCUUUUGGUAAAGUCACGUAGAAGGGAAAUAAUAAAACAUAAUAAA